AUGGCCUCGGCCAGUUCCUCCUCCUCCUCCGCGGCCGACCUGCCGGCGGCCACGUCCACCUCUUUCGUGUACCUCGUGUACGCCAGCGUGUACUCGUGCGGCGCGCUGUUCCUCGUGCCGGGGCUCGUGGCCGCGCGCCGGAUGCUGCGCACGUGGCGUCGGGACCGCACGGCCGUGCGUCUCUACGGGCUCCUGGCGCUGGGCGCCUCGCUGCGGGCCGCGGCCUUCGUGCUCGUGGCGCUGUGGAUGCUGGCGCUGUUCCAGUCGCACGCGAGCGGCCUGCUGGACCGGGACGCGGCCCAUUUGCACCUCUCGUACCUGCAGUUGGUGUUCCUGUGGCAGCUGCUGGGCGCCUCGGCGUCGCUCGUGCUGGCCAGCGUCUUCCUGCUCGUGUUCAACACGUGGGCCGCCAUGGUGGACAAGGUGCAGGGCGGGCCGACGGCCCGCGCGCGCUCCUCCAAGCGGCGCGAGGCCGACGCGCUGCUGCAGAGUCUGCACACGCGAGGAGCCCCGGAUCUGGACGAGCGGCGGGACAGUGGGGCCACGGCCGUGUCUUCGCCCGUGUCGGCCCUCAAGCCGCCGCCGCCUCCGAGGCUGCUCUUCAUCAGACUCAUGGUGGCCGUGUACCUGCUGCAGAUGGGCAUGUUCCUCUUCGCCAGACAGCAGCCGGCCAGCAAGAUCCGCCGCAGUCUGCUGCUCGUGGCCACGGUGCUGUUGGUCUGCUGUUGGGCCGCCUGUGUGGUGCUGCUGCCCGCGUACGGCGAGAAGAUGUGCGUGCUGCUGGACAAGGCGGCGGAGGACGUGAGUCACCGCAAGAGGAACAUCCGACGUAUCGCGUUCAUCGCUGCGGUGUUCUGCCUCAUGCACACAGUGUCAUUGUUGCUGCUGGCCGCGUCGCAGUGCACGCCGCCGUCGGACGAAGCGUCGAGCUCGGUGGUGGGGAAUACGACGCACACGACGGACGUCCACUGGCCGCACCUGCCGCUGCACGACGUGGUGCAGGCCAACCCGGCCUUCUUCUUCCCCUCGGGCACGGCGGCUGAUGGAGCGGCCCAUACCAACGACGGGUUGCUGCGCUGGGUCGUGAUGGUGGAAGUGCUCGAGUUCCCCAUCGAGUGGGCCAUGCUCAUGGCGCUGCUCUGUGUACUACCGGCCCGCUCGGCACUGCCAGCGUUCCGAGGAUACCGACCAAUUCCCGAGAGGAGGAACUGGCAGCCGUAAGGAUGAAAUACUACACGCGAAAUCC